AUGACAUCUUCCGAAUCCAACGCUGCAGAUCACGUCGUUGAACUCAUCGUUCACGACGCAUCACAACCACCACCGCCACCACCGUCUUCUUCCGACGACUCUCGCGAUAAUGUCAAUGCCCAAAUUGCCCCUCUCCUCUCCCACACUGAUAGACCAAAGAUCAACAUCUUUACCGCUUCUUACCCGAGAAGAAAACCUAGAGAUGAAGUAACAAGAUUACUUGAGUCUGAGUCAUCAUCUCCUUUCACUCAGUGUAUAUUGUGGAUAUGGAAUGGCUCUAGAUACUCUGGUUUACUUUGCAUGGCUUUGUCAUCCAUUGUUUAUUUUCUUAUGGGAGUUCUUUCCAAUCUUUUUUCUGUUCAGGCUAUUCCUUUGUUUGAGACUGCUUUUACACGUUGUACAAUUAUCUUGAUACUGUCAUAUUUGUGGUUGAGAAGGAGUGAGCAGCCACUGUUUGGAACAUCCAAUGUUAGAAUCAUUUUACUUUUAAGGGCCCUUACAGGCUGUAUAUCAAUGUUAAGUUUUGUAUAUUGCUUUCAGAGGUUGCCUUUUGCUCAGGCUAUUGUGUUGAAUUCAACAACUCCAAUUAUGGCUUCAGUAAUGGCACGGUUCUUUCUGCGUGAGAAAUUGAAAAUUGCAGAUAUUGCAAGUCUUGCUUGUAGUUUCUUCGGUGUGCUCUUCUUCUUCUGGGAAAUGCUUGCUACUCAAGAACAGGCAGUAAAAGUUGCGGAAGUAAGCAAUGCAAAUGCUAAGCCAAGUCAUCAUAUAUUUGAAAUCCUAGUGGGCAUCUUUUCAUCAAUAAUUGGUGGAACUAGUUACUGCCUUAUAAAGGCUGGAGCUAAAGCAUCUGAUCAACCAUUGUUGACUGUCUUUUCAUUUGGCAUACUGGCUAGUCCUGCAAUGGGAUUAUGCACUUACAUCUUUGAGGAUUUUGUGCUCCCAAGAAUAGAGUCAAUUUUACUUAUGCUUGUACUUGGUGUUCUGGCCUUCUUUGCUGAGGUCUUGUUAGCAAGAGGACUACAGCUUGAGAGGAUGGGCAAAGUUGCCAAUGUCCAGUACAUGGAGGCAGCACUAACCCAAUUUUGGGGCGUUGCUUUGACAUUAGUGAGUCCAGCUUUGGAUCAUCUGAUUGGAAUUUUUCUUAUUGUUGUCUCUGUAUUUUUUACCAUGUACAUAGGACCCGACAAGGAGACAGAAUGA